AUCCCACCCGAAAACUCUGCCGUCUCAUUGGCCAGAAAUCGUCGUCUCGAGCAAGCAACUGCAUCUCUGCCAAGCACAUUCGAAUUCAGAUAUUAUUCCAACUAAUAGAUAUUGUAUAUGCAGUGCAGAGUCAAGACUUGCCAAACAUUUGAAAUCAGAUAUUCCUCCAACUCUUGUUGCGCAAGAAACAACUAGUCUCUCUCUAAGCUUGGUGUAUAAAAGAAAAGACCCUUGUUAGCAACGAGAUCAAGCUUGAAGUUUAUCAUCGAGCGCAGUAGAACAGUCUCCGGUAGAUAUCAAAGAAAGAGAUGGCAGCAAAAGACAAUACCGUCAUGCCUAUAAUUAGCCAGAUGUACUGUUCGUCUUCUCAGGCUGUGCUUGUCGUGAGGAGGAGGCCGCACGUGAUAAGCGGAGGUGGUUUUGUGGUUACGGACUGCAGUCAGAAGGUUGCUUUCAAGGUUGACGGAUGUGGAAUUCUGGGGAAAAAGGAUGAGAUGAUUCUGAGGGACAGUGAUGGAGACGCCUUGCUUCUCUUUCGCCGAAAGGGUGCAACCGUCGAGGCCCUAAGCAUUUAUCGGAGAUGGAGGGGGUACAGUUUAGACUACGAAGGAUCGCAGGACCAGAUGGUUUUCUGUUUAAAAGAGCCAAACUCGUGCUUGGCAAAGACUCAAGCAAUCAGAAUCUCAAUGAAAGCCACGAAGAACAAAGACUGGGACUUUGAGAUCAAGGGCAAUUUUCCUGAUAAGGAUUGUUGUAUUGUUGACUCCAAGGGCAAAACAAUGGCACAGAUCGGGGUGAAGAAGGAACUGAUGGCAAGCGAGGAUCUCUACCAUGUCGUGGUGACACCGGGAACGGAUCAAGCUUUCGUUAUUGGAAUCAUUACGAUUCUCGACUACAUCUAUGGUGAAUCCACCAGGUGUUAAAUUUUAUACAGAUUCUAAAGAGAAGCUUUCCUUGAUUUCACGUCGAAACAGGAUGAUCUGCGAUUCUGCAGCAGACGAGAGUUCAAUUUUCUGCAUUUUGGAAGCUGCUAAUCCUUUAAUUUUCAUUUUUCAUGGAUUGUUUGAUGGAUAAUCAUUUAGUUUGCAGCAUUUUACUUUUCUCAGUUGCCAAAACGGGGAAUUUCAAACAAAGGAAACGUUUCUGAAAUGAAACAUGUUUUUGCUACAACUAAUGGGAUGGGAAAUUUGCUUAUAAGAGACGGAUAAAUGACAAC